AGAAAAAAAAAAAAAGAAAGAAAAAAGAAGGAUAUAAGGAGAUAUAAUCGUUUUUUGUUUCUAUUAUUUUUAUUUGAAUUUUAUCCUCUUUUCUUUUUCUUUCCUUUUUACGUUUCGAUUGAAAAUCGACAUCAUGUCAGAAACAAAGGAUCUGAGAAAUGUGAAAGAAGAGGAGAUUCAAAGGUUCCUCGAUUCCUUCGAUAUCGUCCUGUCGGAUUGUGACGGUGUUCUUUGGCACAUUGAUUCGCCCAUUGAAAAUAGUAUUGAAGCUUUGAAAAAAUUGCAAAGCUUCGGAAAGAAGAUAUUUCUCGUGACGAACAAUGCAACGACCGGUACAAGAAAGAUUUGUGAAAGACUUCGUAUUAAUGGCCUCGAGACUAAAGAUGAACAAGUUAUUAUUCCAUCGAAAGUUAUAGCCUGGUAUUUAAAGAAAAUUAAUUUUCAAGGUCAAGCCUUUACCAUCGCUAUGGAACCCUUUCGAAAGGUUCUAAUAGAUGCCGGUAUCGAGUUAUUGGAUGAAAAGGAACCAAAUGUUUAUCCAGACAACGUUCCAGCAACCAUCAAUUCGGUCAAAGAUCGGCAAUCAGUGAAAGCUGUGAUCACUGAUUUCGAUGUGAAUUGUAAUUGGGCCAAAUUGACCUUAGCCAUUUCAUGUUUGAAACGUAAAGACGUAUUGUAUCUUACUGGUGCCCUUGACAAAUGGGUAUCUUGUGGCAAUGAUAGCCUGAUAUUAGGACCGGGCCCAUUGAUCGACAUAGUCACCGAAGGUAGCGGUAGAACGCCAAUUUCUUGUGGAAAACCCAGUGACACAUUGAGAAAUUAUAUUUUCGAAUUUUGUAACGUUAUCAAUCCAAAACGAUGUUUAUUCAUUGGCGAUACAGUAAAUCAUGAUAUGAAAUUCGGUGCCUUGUGUGGCUUUCAAAAGUUCUUUGUUAGCACCGGCUGUGACAGUUUUGAGGAAUCACAAAGAAACGAUGAUACACGUCCCGAAUAUUAUCUACCAAAUUUCGGCCAAUUACUAUCCAUCCUCGAGGCAAUGGCUUAAAAUCUUAUAGAAAUAUAAGGAUAUAAAUAAGGAGAAUUAUAUAUCGUAA